AUGAAUCAACAAAUUCAAGAUAAAGUGUGUUGUUUAUUGAAACUAGAGAGCACUUAUUCAUAAAUCUAACCAUACCUUGAUAAAAUAAAGGAGAAGGAUCAGUAAGACUUAAUUCAAUAAUCUAGAAAAUAUUAUGAACCCAUUUGUCAAGCUAUUAUAUCUGCUUUUCUUGAUUAAGAACCCGUUCAGUGCUUUCAAGCUGCUCGAAUGGCAAAAGAAGCAAUAGAAAAAUAGAAUUUAGACUUCUUAACUGUCUUUCAAAAUGUUUGUCUGAAGUCUUAUGAAUAAUUGGCAGAAGAUACUUUAAAUGUGAGACUGGCUGACAAAGCGUCUUCAUUCUUUAGCAAGAGUAACAGCGAUAUGAAUUUUGGGAAAAGCUUCUUCCAUUUGAUUUUAGAGAGUAUUGAAAAUUGGGCUAGGUAAUAUCCUAAAAAAAAUGAUGGAAUUACUCCAACUUUAUUCUAUUAAAUUUAUCAGAACCUCCUUAAUAAGGGAAUAAAAUUUCCUUAAGCUAAUUACUUUAAAGAGCAAUCAUCAAUGAAAAAUAAUAUCAGUAAUGAUCAAAAAAAAUUAGAAAUAUUAAAAGAUCUAUAAUAAUAGAUUAUGAUGAUGAAAUAAUUACAUGAAGUCGAAUUGUCAGAUCAAUAAUAAUAGAACGACUUAAAAAUUUUUAAAUUGUAAGAAAAAUUGUAAUAUUUCCAAAACAUGCAGCCAAUAUUAAAGGAAUAAAUAGAUGAAUUAUAAAAAAAAGAAGAUAAAUAUAAGUAAGACAUGGAAAAAAAUCAAUAGAAAUUAAAAUAAUUGGAAACCGAGCUGAAGAAUACUAAAUUACAUGGAUAGUAAUACUUUAACGAAUAAUUAGAGAAAUUAAAUCUAGAAUCUUAAAUAUAAUAGCUUUAUCAAUAGAUUGAAGAACUUAAACAAAAUAAUUAUAUUUUAACUGAGAGAUUACAAAAUUAAGAGAAUGGAAGAUAAAUAGAAAACACGAAUCUCAAGAUGGAAUUGGAGAAGAAAGAAGCAGAAAUUAAAGAACAAAAGGUUAGAUGUUUGGAACAAGCAUAAAAUAUUAACUAAUUGAAAUUAUAAUUAAUAGCAAAAGAUAAAUUGAACUAGGAUGUAGCAGCAUUAAGGAAUUAGGAUUAAGAAUAACUUAUAUAAAAAUUAUAAUAAAAUAUUGAGAGCCUAAAAAGAAAAAUUUAAUCUCUUGAAGGAGAAAAUAACUCUUACUAAUAAAAUUAAUAAGAGUAAUAAAAGAAGAAUAAAAUACUUGAAGAGUAACUCUUAAGCGCACAAUAAAAAUUACAAGUCUCAGAAAAUAAGGUUAAGGAAUUACAAACAUAAUUAGAUUAAUUAAAGCAAAUAUCUCCAGUAAGAACUAAUUCUGCCAAAAUCUCAAUCAGAGAAAAACCGCCUUAAUAUCAGAAUUUCUUCUUUCCUGACACAUAGUAAAACCAAUAACAUUUUAAUGCGCGAUUUUAAUUUAAUGAAGAUCUAAAGGACUUGUUUACGAGACCAAAACCUAUUGAAGUAGAGAACAUUAAUCCUUCGUUAAUCUUCCCUUAUUAAACAGCAGAAGAAUAUUAUUCGAAAGGUUAAAAAAUGUAAUAAAAUAAAGGUUAAGAAGUUGUUUUUAAAAAUUUAAUUAGUCAGUUGAAAGAUGUGUCUGAAAAAAAUAAAUAUCUCUUUUAAAUGUUCCAUAUUAAUAGAACGACGUACUACUUCAUUGACAAACCAUCAAUUUUGGUGGCAAUUAUAAAAUAGGUUGUAAAAUAAGGGGAAGAAAACUUAGUUAAAUUUGGAGUUUAUUUCAAAACUGAUGAAUAAACUAUCGAAUUAUCAGGAAAAUUUUUAAAUUUACAAAAAAUAUUGAAGUAUUUUUCAUCAUCCUAAAAAGAUUUUAAUGUUACUCUAGAAAAGUCAUCUUAAUAAUAAUAAUAAUAAUAAUAAUAACAAUAAUAAUAAUAAUAAUACCUACUGGAGUAUUAAAUCAAUGAUAAAUGGGAAGAUUUAUCAGAACUCCCUGUUUUGGAAAUACGAUACUAGUAAAAAUUAUUAUUACUUUAGAAAAAAAGUGUAGUAAAUGUUUCUUCCUAUGCCAUUAUUAAGUUUUAUUGAAUUUUCCCAGUUAACUAAGGAUAAUUUUAAAGUACAUUGGAAGAAAUUUUUUAUCUUCAGAUCAAAAAUAUUCAGUUAUAACCCUAUGAUUUUACCAUCUUAUUAGAGUAUUUCAAAUAUCAGCAAAAACUUUCUCCUAAUCAAUGAAGAAAAACUGAAGGCAUAUUUAUAAGGAAUUGAUGAAAUAAAAUUUGGAGCCAAAUUUAAGAUACUAGGGUCAUAAUUGAAAGGAUUAAUUAAAUUUGAACUUAUUCCUUAAAAUAAGAUGAUUAUUUACGUAGGAAUUACGAAAGAUUAAACCCAAUAAUAUUAGCCUCUUGUUACAAAAAUAAUCAAUUAUUUUAAUUCAAUCUUUUAGUAAAUAUGA